GCAGCAGCAUCCGUGCAUGUAUAUAUGUGUAUACUUGUUUUUGGUGUUGUCUCGUCAACGACUUCAAAGAGGGAGGCACUUUUGCUCUUUAUUCUCAGCCUCUUGGCCUUCAUUGCUCCGGCGAAGAGCUGCUGGGCGGUUUCACGUCCCGUAUUUUAUACACACACACACACACACACACACACACACAGACACACACAAAAAAGGAGUUGUACAUCCCCCAUUCUAUAUACCGGAUAUCUACCGCCUUUUUCUGCCCAUCGUCUUUAGCCAGAGUCAUAUAGAGAUCGCUAGUCGUCCACGAUAGGUUCAUUCAGUUGUUCAAUCUCAGUCAAACAACUAGUCUCAUCGCUCUUUCAAAAAAAAGAGAUUCAUUCAAAAGAAAAGUAGCGGUGCUUCCACGUUCAGUUUGCAUGUAGUCAAUUGAAUUUCGUAUAGAUUGAAGAAGAAGAAGAAGUGCCGUGUGUUGUGAUUCCGAGUGGCGAAACCAUUUCGACGUCAGCUGAUUUUCAAUUUCCGUCGGCUUUUGCGGAUGGACGCUACUUUUCCGGUGGAUCUGAGACGAUUCAGACCUAACGUCGAGACGUCGUUUAAUCAAAUUGGGAUUCAUCAAAAGCUGAAUCAGAAGAUGGAAUCGAUUAUGGAAGGAAGUGACGGCCGACCGUACGUGGCCGGUAUGAGUAAAGUGUCGCCACCAGUGGCUUGCGUUCAGGAGGAAUCGAUGCCGAAGGCAGUGCGGACUGAACAUCACCUGAAUCAGCCCCAACAGCAGCAGCAACAACAACAACACCAACAACACAGAUCGCUCAAGUUUAGCGUUGAAAAUAUUCUCGAUCCGACGAAAUUCACCGGCCAUCCGCAGGCGAUGCCUCCGCGUUUAAACAACAACAUUUUCCAGCAUCCGAUCCAGCACAUUCAUCACGCAUUGUUCAACCAUCCAACCCAUCAUCCGUGGGUGUUGCCCGUCAAUCCGGCCGGUCUGUUGCACCACCAUCUUCAUCCGCAUGUCCAUCAUCACGUGGAUGUCCACAGCACAUCCAUCGAAUCCGAGGACAGUCUCUACGACCGGAGUAGCGAUCUCGAAUCAGAGAGGAGCUAUCGAGCCCGUUCCAUCACCAGUCAGAAAGCCUCGUCUGGGGACGACGACGACGACGACGGAGUCGAAGAUGAUGAUGACGAUUGCGAUGAUGAAGAAGAUGAUGACGACGAUGAAGAUACUGAAGUCGACAUGGAUGAUUGCGAUGAAGUCAAUGACCCCGCCGCUGUCCUCAUGCGAUUGGGAAACGUCGCCGGGUGACGAUCUGCUCGCGACGGACGGUACCAACAAAAUGGUGGCAGCAGCCGAACUCCUCCAGCAACAAAUGGACGCCCAGCAAUCGGACCGGAAACUGGACAGGAAGAAGAAGAAGAAGAAGAAGAAGAAGAGGAAGAAUAAAAAAAUGAAGAAUUUGGCGAUGAUCAAUUCGAUGGGUUCCGAUGAUAAUUUGAAGCACAGUAACGGAGUGGGUAAUGGUAGCUGUUCCAGUUCGAACGGUGGUGGAGAUCGAGGCGGAAGUGGAGGUGGCAAACCGAGACGGGCCAGAACGGCUUUUACCUACGAGCAGCUGGUAGCGUUGGAGAACAAAUUCAAGACGACGCGUUACCUGUCCGUCUGCGAACGACUCAAUUUGGCGCUGCAAUUAUCGCUGACUGAAACUCAGGUGAAAAUCUGGUUCCAAAAUCGACGCACCAAGUGGAAGAAACAGAAUCCAGGGCUGGAUGUCAACUCUCCGCCCAGCAGUACCAAUCAGCCUGGAGGUCAUCAUCAACAGCAACAACAUUCGCCCGUCUACGGCCAGCAGCAGCAGCAGCAGCAGCCGGGCAAUGGCGCUGCAGGUGGCCAGCAGAAUUCACCUUAUUCGGCCGGCCUUGUCGGUUCCAUGAUGUACAAUCCGCAUUACCUGGCCAGUGCCGCCGCUCUACCUUUUUGCUGGGCAAUGCCAACGGUGGAGCGGGGCACCCAUGUUUCCAUCACAUUGGCCAUUCGUGAUUUCCCUUCGUAUGCGACUGUGUAGUGUAAUUUUGUGAAACGAUUUGAAUGUGUUAUUGUGCAUUUCGAAUGGCGUCCGUUGUCUAUUUGUGUACAUAUAGAAAACAUCACAAUAUAGAGGAAUUGUUGGCCAUCUUGUACAUUUCCCUCCCGUCUUUCGGCAGACUUCGUCGUUUGAAUAACUGUGAAAUCUUGAUUGACCUUAACGAAACGCGAUCGACGAGUUAUUGAUCCUCCCUAUUAUAUCCAUCAUUGUGUUGUUCUGAAAAAUACAGUGAAGCGUCUAAUGUUA